AUAUAUAUUUUUCAUUUGAACUCAGUAACGGACAGAAGCGUUUCUAAUGACACACAACCUUCUUUUUCAAAAGUGGAUUUUCCCAGAAAAACGUCUUUUAAUGAGACCGGCGGAGAUGCGCCCUCAGCUUCGGCUGCUCUCCAUCUCUUCAGGAAGAAGGCGAAGUUGUGGCGCCAAGUUAGCGUCAAAACUCGCGAGAAUCCGCGCGCGCAAAUAUCCCGGUUCUGCUCUGGUUCUGCUCUGCUGAGGAGAGUCGAAACUUCACUCGCUGUUACCCGCACAGUCUGCGGAGACGUGCCGCGAAGCAGCUUUCAUCUGAGCGAAAACAUGCCUCCGUCUAUCUGUUUACAGGACCGGCCCUGUCAGGCUUUUGCUGCGAUGGUAAAUCAGAAAGUUCUUCCGUGUUAAAGACAGAAGACAGGAGAAGUGGAGAUCGUCCUCUGUUCUCCGGGUUCCUCUGUUCUCGGGGUUCCUCUGUUCUCUGCUCUCUGUGAUUUCGUGCAUCGCUGUGCUGUUUGUAAGGCUUCCUGUCACAGAGUAACACAGAGGAAGUGGUGUUCAUUCCUGCCAUCAGUAUGUGGAACUGGCAGCUGUGCAAAUUGAGACACCUCUCUUAACACGGGGUCUUGCUCGUUUCCUGCUGAAGAGGACGAUAAUACUUCACUCAAAGCGGCUUGGGGAAGUGUCCACUGCUUGUGUCCAGGAUGGCUAACAUUUUAGAGGAUAAUGGAAGCGAAGUGGCACAUUCAACUGAACUUCCUGCAGAGAUUAAGGACUGGGAUAAAAACCAUGUGAGAGACUGGAUUCUUAAGUUUUCAGAUGUGGAUGAUGAAUAUGCAAAUAUUUUGUUUGAUCAGGAGAUUACUGGAUCUAGUCUUUUAUUACUGGAGAAGGCUGAACUUAUAGACUUAAACAUCAAGCUGGGUCCAGCAAAACUGAUCAUUCACAGGAGAGAUGAACUCAUUAAACUAAAAGCUCAACAGUCAGUUAGCCAUGGAAACCAGUCUAGUAAAUCAUGCAAGCCCUACCCUUUCAGUCAGUAUCAUGCUGCCUACAGAUAUCAGGAAAACAGCAUACUUGAUGUAAUAGAAACAGGUGCUCUGAACCUCAUAGAGCCAUGCCAUGAGUACAAAGCAUUUAUCAACUUUCAAAAUGUGACAACAGAGGAAAAGCUGAAGAAGUUCACAGAAGAGGUUAUCAGAUUUGCUGCCGCCUGCAUGAACAGCCGAACUAAUGGUACUAUUCAUUUUGGAGUUGGAGACAGACCAGACUACCCUCAUGGGCAAAUUCUGGGUACUAAAAUUGAAGACAAAGAAACAUAUAGUCAGAAACUGGCAGAUGUGAUCGAGGGUAGGUUUGAAUAUAAGCACAUUAAUGUGGUCAAAAAAUGUAUUAAACCCCCCAGGUUUGUCGAGGUUCUUGAAGCUGAUAUGACAGUCUCAGGAAAAUGUGUCAUAGAGGUGGACAUAGAGCCGACUUCCCUGCUUUGUGAAGACAGCUUCUUUCAUGUUUACAGUGUAGACACAAGGAAAUCUAAAAAACAAUCUAAAACCAGAGACCUUAAGACUGAUGAGAAGGAUAGUGCAAAGUUAUUUUACAUUCGAGAUAACAGCAGCAGCCGGAACCUUCUUGUCCAAGCCUCGUCCACCAAGUCCUUGAAGGAAUACUACAAAUAUGUUGACAAUAUAGUGCGCUUGUCCCAGCUGAGGAAGGAAGCUGAGGAAAAGCACCUCACUGUGGCUAAAAACAGUGUGCAGGGUUCUAGGCUCUGUGAGAUGAUAACAGGAGGCUCACAUUCUUUGGACAAGUCUCACUUUGAGCGAUAUGUAUUGGUCACCAACAAAUCUCAUCCAGUUCAGAAAGAAUACCUUGCUUUCCUUUUAGACAUGAACUUGACAGCCGUUUUGGACUUUGAUCCAGAAUCUGCUGAGACUGGCUUGAAUAAGCUAUUUGAUGAGAAAAGAAACAUUAAUGUUCAUUUGCCAGUGCAGUAUAAAAUCACAGAGCCAGUGGAGGAAAUUGCAAGUAAGCUAAAGCUGACCAGAACCACAAGCUGGGUUUCCUGUAAUGGAGGAAUAGAGGACGAAAAACCCUCUGAUGUAGAUAAUUGGCUAUUGGAGAAAGGUUCCUCCAUUCGUGAUGUCGUGUCCUUUUUUUGUCGAAAAGAUGUGUUACCUCACAAGAAAUUCCUCGUCAUGUUCCUGCUGUUGAGCGAUGUCACUGACAAACAUGAUCCGAUGCUUGAGACCUUCAGCAUGUUUGUGCAGGAGCUAAAAGGUACAGAGCAAAUAUUAUGCAUUUGUGGAAGUGAAAGAUUAUACAUUCACUGGAAGGAACUCAUUGAGGCACGAUAUGGUAUCAACAUUUCUAGAAGAUGCAUCUAUGAGCUCAGUUUUGCUGAAAUUAAUGGCACUCUCCUCAGUCUGUGGUCAGAAAAUCGGAAAUCAAGUCGAUUCCUUCCUGGUGGUUGUGGUAAAGUUCUUUUACCAAGGAAAGUGGAGGGCAGAUUGGAUGCACUGAGUAUUUUAUCUGUAAACCAGUGUGAGGGAGGAAAUGAGGACAAGAAACAACUAGAGGAAAGUUUUUAUAAGGGGGGCAAGGUGUCCUGGUGGAACUUCUACUUCUCAGAGCAGUCAGGAUCAAUGCCUUUUAUCAAACGAGACAAGUUUGACUACAUCAUUAAUACUAUUAUUCCAGACGUGUGCUCCCUCACACAAGCUUGUGUUCGCUUCAACAUACUCCAUCUUCCUGGUUGUGGAGGAACUACUCUAGCCAUGCAUGUCUUGUGGACCCUGAAAGAGAAAUUUCGAUGUGCUGUACUGAAGGGCAAAGCAGCUGAUUACGACGAUGUGGCCCGGCAGGUAGUUACCUUGUUGACACAUGAGACGACUGACCAGCAAACUUGGCUUCCUGUUUUACUCAUGCUUGAUAACUUUGAUGAAUUUGAUGCUGUAAAUGAUCUCCAGCAACUCAUUGAAAAAGAAUGUCAGAGGGCAAAUGCUUUGUCCAAGUCACCCCAAGUAAUCCUUCUGAACUGCAUGAGAGAAGAAUCAUUGUUGCAGACUGAAGCAACAGGUGACACAGUUUUCAUUGGUAACAGACUAUCAGAGACAGAACAAAAAUUAUUUGAGAAAAAGCUAGAGGAAAUUGAAAAGACCUACAAGAAUGCUGAAACAUUCUAUGGGUUCAUGAUCCUGAAGAAAGACUUUUCACCAGAGUACAUACAAGGCGUUGUAAAAAAUACCCUGAAGAGUUUUCAUUUUGAACAGAAGUAUGCUCGACUCUUUGCAGUCCUAGUGCUCUUGGAUUGCUACUGCAAGAGUGCAACGCUAUCAGUGUCUGUAUGUGAAGAAUUUCUCGGGUUGGCAACAAGGCCAGAUUCCAAGUCAUACAAAGCAGAAGAUGGAUUUGGGAAGUUUUCCACACUUUUGACACGUUGCACAGAAGAGUCCAGUGUAGUAUUUGAAGCUGUGCGAGUAAUCCACUCAAGCAUGGCAAAACAUUGUUUGGAAGAGCUUACAACCACUUUCAAUGUGUCCAAAGCACAGAUUACUGACUUCCUGCUCACAACAGACUUGUUUUACGAUUGCAUUCAGGGAAAGGAAAAACUAAUGCAAGAUGUUCACAGUAUGCUGGUGAAGAGGAAUUACUCGGCUGAAAGUCUUCCAGCAGAGUGCCAGUUUUCACCACUUAUCCAAGCGAUUACAAAGGAGACACCUGGCUUUGAGGAACACAUUUUGCUCAAUGCUGCAAAGCGCUUCAAAAAGGAUGCAGUGAUAUUCCAGCUUCUUUCAAGGUACUAUUAUCUGAGGAAGAAAGACUUCAGAGAGGCAAAGGACUGGGUGAAGAAGGCAAGAGAUCUCCAAAGGCAUAGCUCUUACAUUUGCGAUACAUCUGCACAAAUCAUUAAGCAUGAACUGAAAGAUGCUAUCAGCAAUGACAAAGAUGAUCCUAUUAAACCAGAAAAAAUGAAAGAGUAUCUCAAAAUGGCUGUCUCUGCAAUUGAGGCUUUCAGGGAAACCCAAGAAAUUGCAAGAAAAGAAGCCAUUGUUCACUACAAAGGGAAAAAAGAUUUUAUCUCCUACAAUACUGCUGGUCACCUUGGUGAGCUUCAGAUUGCAGUUAUAGUGACUGACAUACUGGAGAGGAUCCCGGUUUUUUCGUUAGAUGAACUUAAGUGCAACAUUCUCACUCAAGUUCUCUCAAGGGACAUGAAUAUUAAAGAUGUGGCAGAAAAAGAUCCCAAGAGACAAAGGCAUACAUCAUAUUACCAUUUUUUGCAGGGCUUUGAAGAGCUUCUUUACAACCUCAAAGACAACAUGAAGAAGCAGUUUGAUUUACUUGACAGUUACUAUGUCAACUUGGGCUCAUUUUAUUUCCAGAAAGAUAAUCGAGAGUUGAGGACACGACAGGAAGUCUUUAAGUGCUUUCAACAAUAUGCCAAACUGUUUUGCAAGUCAGAUUCAAAGGAACCAGUGAGAAACAAGAUGGUGACCAAGAUGCUGAAGAUUCAAAAAACCCAUCAAUAUCUGGAGAAGAACAAUGCUGAUUCUUACAGUGGACUGUUGGCCAGGCUUUCUAAUGAAGCAUCUGUGGCAAACAUUGAACAAAUUGUCGAGCGGUACACUUUUUUAUUUGGCCACGCCCGUCCACAACAUGACGGACACUUCAAGGACACUGUCAACAUCAUCUAUGCACAUAUUGUUCUGAGUCGAGUUAGCCCUGGAUCUCAGAAACUCUGGGCCUAUACAAAGCUUCUUCAAGUACUCAUUGACACACUUAAACACCCCACCCCCCUCAGUGAAAGCCUGCCAUUGUAUUUCAUUUCAGUUGUGAUGCUGUGGCCAGAGACCACCGAUAUGUUUUCGGGAGGGAAUUUGAAUGACAGGUUCGACAAGCUGGGAAGUUACAUAUCACAGAUGAGAAAUUCUUUUUCCAAAGAGAUGAAGCCAAUUUGCAUUGGCAAGAGAGCAGUUGUUCACUUUUACUUGGGGAAGAAGACUGGUUACAAACGCCUGAUCACCCAAAAAGACAUGGACGAAUGUGUGGGAUCUGAGCAGAGCAUGGCAACUCAUUUGCAAAAUGGAAUGAUAUGGAAGAAUGAAAAAGUCAGCAAUAUCCUCCACAGAGUUAGUGGAAGAAUCUGUGACAGUGCCAUUCUGGUAGACACACCAAAUGAAAAUGGGAAAGUUAAAGUUUAUCCAAUGUUCAAAAGUCAGUUGAAAGGAAAGUUGGGUGACAGAGUGUCAUUUUUUGUUGGAUUCACCAUGAAUGGUCCAGUUGCACUUGGCAUAGACAGUGUCACUAGAUCCAAGUCCAGGUGAAGACGGAGACUGGGACACAUCAAGUUCAAGUCAAAACCAAGACUUGUUUAAAACCGGGGUGCAUUUUUUCAAUGUUUGGAAGUACAUUUUACAUUGAAAACUUUUGUUCUGUUUGUUAUCUUUUGGUGAUUAUGGUAGAUGUUUCAGUUUUAGUAAUUUUUUUACUAAUUAUAUAGUUACUAGUUAUUUAUCUGCAAAUUCAAUGUGUGUCAGUGUCAAGCAUGAUUGUGAAUAUUGGGAAUAAAACCAUGUAAGAGACUGGAAUCUAAAGUUCUUAUCAGAAGAUGAAUGGAUCUAGUCUUUUAUUACUGGAGAAGACUGACCUUAUAGAUAUAAACAUUGAGCUGGGUCCAGCAAAACCACCAGUAGCUACGUUUACAGGUAGCCUGAUAAUCCGUUAAUAAUCCGAGUAACAACUCAAUCGGAAUAGAACACGUCCAUUUAAACACCUCAAUCGGUAUAGACUAAUCCGAUUGAGGCAAUUCGGAAUACAGUUUCUAUCCGAUUGAACGAGGUGGGUAAACCUCUUAACAAAUACUCUGAUAAACGGUCUGUAUGGAGUCAGUGAUUUAAACGGUCUGUAUAGAGUCAGUGAUUUAAACUGUCUGUAUGGAGUCAGUGAUUUAAACUGUCUGUAUGGAGUCAGUGAUUUAAACUGUCUGUAUGGAGUCAGUGAUUUAAACGGUUUGUAUGGAGUCAGUGAUUUAAACGGUCUGUAUGGAGUCAGUGAUUUAAACGGUCUGUAUGGAGUCAGUGAUUUAAACGGUUUGUAUGGAGUCAGUGAUUUAAACGGUCUGUAUGGAGUCAGUGAUUUAAACGGUCUGUAUGGAGUCAGCCCGCGAGUCUGUGCUGAAGAUCCAUUACUGCCACUGCUGCAGGGCCUUCGGCUAAAGCGGCUCAGUUCGCCCACCAAACAGCACCACCAACAAAACGGCAGACGAUCUGUUCCAAUUCUUUAGGUCAGCGCUCCUCCAUGCCAUCCCGGGCUCUGAUGGCCGAUGGCGGCGCUAUGAUGUGCGGCUAGUUAGCCGAGCCCAGUAGCCGCUGUCCAGUCACUACUUUCCUCACAGGAGCUGCUGGUAUGCGCCCGUUUUGAGAGGCACGCGCUGUUUCUGCGUGGCAUGUGCCACUGGCGAGUGCCACUAACCGGGCGGCAGGUGCCACUCGCUAAGUGGCACAUGCCAGUACGUGCCAUUACCGGACGGCGGAGUUGCCAGUUCCCGAUGUCAGAUGCCACUUCGCGCUGAAUCCCUGCAGUUCCCGUUUUACGAUAUCGUGGACGAAUUCAUGGGAGAUCGACCUCUUGCUAACACGGAUGAAAGCUGAUGUUGGGUUUACUGACGAUUUGCCCACCGUGGAGGAAACGCUGGAAAACGUUAACGAGGGUGCGGACCAGAUCACCUCAAACUCUGAUACCGCUGCCCAGGAAUCUACAUUAUCAAGCGGAACCAACUCCAGCGUCCAGUCUGAUGAUGGCAGCGAGCAGACCAACGACCACAUUAUUCCAGCGUUACUUUAGGUUUAGGCUUCCAUGGAUCAUUAAGUCAGGACCUGGAACAAGAGUUUCCUCUCGUUAUGACAAGGCCAUGCGCACUUGGUCAACUGAGCAGAGGCGCAAAAUGUUUGGAUGGAAAAACAACUGGAGAGAAGUCAACAACGUGAAGUGAGGCUCCUUGCUAAACUAGUCGAGGAAACUUCAUGAUCAAAUGAACGUCUUGCAGGGCAACUACUAUCAGGUCUUAGUAGCAUCUUUUCCCAAGUAACAAGCACAACACCCAUUAUCCAGAGAGGAACUGCACAAUUCCAAUACUCCCAUCUCCAACCACGUCAUCCAUACCCUGACAGCCAAAAUGUUUACCAGUCACAGAACCCCAUCCUACAGCGACACCGACAGUUACAUUUCUAUGAGCAUAUAGGUAAAAAAUAAAAACCACAAACACCAGUUUGGUACUGCUUAAUACUUUUACUGUUUAUUUCAGUAAGUAACUUCACAUUUUUACAUACAGAUUUGUUAGGUUAGUAAAAAAUGUUCUAAACCACAGUGGCAAUAACACUAAGAAUAUUGUUCUGUACAGUUCCUAAAGCAAACUACUGAGGUUUUUGUUGCAUUGCUAUUUGUUUUAUUUUGUCUAUUUGCUGCUGGUAUUUGUAACAUUUGUGUAACUGAAGUUUUUGCUUUACAUUUAAAGAACUAAAUUUGAGUUGUUUGCACAGAAUAUAUGUACCGUUUUAUUUGUGUCCUUACAUUUAUAGUUGUCCUUACAUUGUGCUGUGUAAAUGCUGUGUAAAUGCAUGACUGUGACUUAAUAGAUUGAACUAAGAUCCAUAGCGAACAGUAAAUGUAUGUUGCACAAAAUUGCUUUGCAUUAAAACAUGCUCAAGUA